CUUCCCGACGACUUGUCCAUUACAAAUUAUCCCGAACUCCUCAUCGCAGGACAUGGCUUGAAAAGUACUUGGCUUUUAGUGCAAUGGCUACACUUUAUUAUACCUUUGUACUGUUUAAUUUAGUCAGUUACAAUACAGAAGCGUUAGCGGCAUUUUAUAGCAGACACAGUAUUAGUAGCUUCAUAGCACGUGAACAUUCAGGUGGUUUUCAAGGUGACGUCUUCAAAGAUAAUUCUCUCAACAUAGAUAAACAGAGCAGAGAGGCUUCUUUUGUUUCUUCUCAAUUUAAUCACACUUUUGAAAAGAAAGUUGAAUCUAAAUUAACAACUAAUGAUGAUUCUCCGUGUAGAAUAAAAAAUGCAAUUAUCGAUUGUUCCGGACUUUCUUUGACGAAACUGAACUCAUCCUGGUUCCCUAGCAACUCCGAAGUAAUCAACUUAUCCAGCAACGAGUUGACAACGUUGGAAAACUCAACUUUUAAUCACCUAAAAAACCUAACUCAACUGAACAUUGAAUACAAUAAGCUAACACGCAUCGAGCCUCGUGCGUUUGAUGGAUUACGAAACUUAAAAAUGUUAGCCCUAAGCUUUAACAGUUUGCAGUUUAAUGGUGCGAGUAUCUCUAAUGAUAGUUUUAAGCCACUGCGGAAUUUGGAAGAACUUGGUUUGAUGCAAAGCGACAACAAUGUUCACGAUAAAGAGACGUACGACUUUUUGGCUCCGCUCCAAAGUUUGCAAAAGUUAUCAAUAAGCAGUACAGCAGCAACGCUUUAUUUGGGGAGUGUGUUUGAGACUUUGACGAAUCUAACAUAUCUAGAGAUAACUGCAAAUUCCAACUACAUCAAUGAAAAUUCUUUUUCAAAUGCUAAUUACCUCGAACACUUGGUGUGGAACACAUUGGAUAACAUUUCAAACAUCAGCGACAAUGUGUUUGGACCGUUACAACGUUUGAAAAGCCUUAGAAUGAUACAUGUGCAAUACCCUUUUAACGAUACUCUCCGCUUACUGAAACCAUUGCAAGGCAGAAACAUGUCUGAGAUAUAUUUAGAAUCUGUUGCAAAGAGCUUGACGACGUCGAAUCCAGCAGAAAGUGGAAAGCUGACAUACAAUGACAUGAAGUAUCUGUUAACUAUAUGUGUGCAGAGUGUCACGUUCAUAGACAAUGCUAUUUAUUUUAUUGAGCCUGAUGCAUUUAAAAACACUCAGAUUUGGCAACAAUGCUUGCACAGCCUCGUGAUAUCAGAAAAUCCGAUUCAAGGGAGUGGCUCUGCUCUAUUUACUGUGCGCAGUUUUGCUAAUUUAAAAUUGAUUGCUAUAAACAACGAUUUUCGACCCUGUAUCUGGUCUUCAUUUUAUCAGGGACAUUCAAAUAUCAACGGCGUGGACUGGCUCAUAGAUCAAGAAACUAGCGCGACACUCAAAGAUAUGCUAGAAACAAAUAAAAGCAGCAAUCAUCGAAACAAUUAUAGUGACAUGGUUAAAUCGAGAAACGAAUCGAAACAGAUUUCUAAACCUUCUCAUCUAUUCCCAGUUCCCAAAAACUUAAUCUAUGUGCAGUUAAGUCGGCUGAUACAAUCCACGUCUGUCGACCUGAACAUUCAAGUGAUGAAUGGGGAAAAUAUUGAAUACAUAGACCUUACAGACAAUGGCCUUCAUGACUUUGUUGGCUCCGUGACCGGAUUAACUUCCUUGAAAGUGCUUGCUUUGUCUGGGAACAACAUGGUCAACCUCGCCCCAGAUUUUUUCGAUGAGUUCACUGGUUUAGAAUAUUUAGCACUUUCCAAAGCUGGACUGAAUCGAGACUUCGUUUCAUCGUUCAGCAGACGACUUUUUCAAAAUCUAUCGAAUUUGACGCGCUUAGACCUAUCGAUAAAUUAUUUGAAUGCAUUAAGCAAAGGGACUUUUUCUCCCAAUUCAAAGCUUCAGUGGUUGGAUUUGUCGGGAAAUCAGUUCAAAGAUAUCCCUUUCGAUUUGCAGUACACGCCAAACCUUCUUGAGCUUGACGUAAGCUCUAAUGCCUUAACCACUAUAGACGAUGAUAUAGCCAGAGAUCUUGAUCAUUUAGUGGCUACAAAUGGUCAGUUUCAUUUAUCUCUCGGGGGAAAUAUUCUGUCUUGCAGCUGCAGUGACUUGCGUUUCUUACAAUGGUUGAACCUUACUUCUGUCACGUUCGAUCAAAGUAGGAAUUACACUUGCUUAAACAAAGAUGGCGAAAAAGCGUACACGCUGUUUUAUUCUGACCUGGAUUCUAUUUGGAGAGAGUGCUGGGGGCAAUAUUUUUUGUGCGUCGCCGUUAUUAUUGUUUGCCUUUAUGUCAUCGGGUUCUUCAUUAUUCUUCUCCUGCUAAGAAACAAACAUUUCCUCGUUUCUUAUUUUCUAAAGAUUCUUGGAAAUAUAAAACUUCUUAAAAGAACAGAUUAUCCAAUCCAUAUUUACAUUGCCUACUCCGACAUUGAAUAUAAAUUUCCAUGCUUUGAUCUGCGCGAGUAUAUUGAAGGAACUCUGAAGUUAAAUACAUUUUUAAAUGACCGUGACCUUAUCUCAUCAUUGAACAGCGCCGCAGACAUUGUCAAGGCCAUGAACUCCAGCUGGAAGAUUCUACUCGUCUGCAGUGCAAGUUUCCUAAACGGCGACUGGGCGAUGCUCACCUUAAGGUCGGCCAUAUACGCUCAAAGUCCAACUAAUCCUGCAAGGAUUAUGGUUCUUGUACAUCAGAAUGAUCUCCUCUUGUUACCUCAUGAUCUACUUAGUGUCGUGGACGAUGAAAAUAUGUUAAUAAUUUCGGAAUGGAAAGUGGAUUACGUAAUGAGGGAAUGGCUUAGGACGCGUUUGACAGAUAAAUAAAACAGCAAAUAUAAAAGUUAAUGCUGUUUGUGGUGUCUCUUUCCAUCCAUUCUACCUUUCCUAUGUCAUUGGCAAAUAUCUUAAAUGUGGAACACACAACUAUAAUACACAACUACGAUACCGAAUAUUUCACAAUCAUUGUAAGAAUAAAAUCAGACAUGUUAUAAAACGAUACAACGGUAGUUACUGCUAAUCGAAUGUAUAACAUUUAAUGCUAUUUAAAGAGCUGCAAUUAUAGAACUACCCUAUACCUAAAAGUAGGCCUACUCAUUUUCUUUUCCAAUACAAAGAUUGCCAUCCAUCAUCAUUACAUCUGCUCCGAUCGAAUCGUGUUAAGUAGCCUAUGUCUAUAAAUCCUUGUUGGUACUGUACUGACGGGGUCUGACCCCCAUAACCCCUAUGCUUCACGAAAUCUCAUUUCAAUAAAUUGGUUUCUAAAUUAAAAUGACUUGACAUAAUUAGUCUGUUAAAUAUCAUCUGUGUUAUAUUUAGUUAGUGUUUGUCAUGUUUUGUUUGUGUUAUGUUUGGCUAGGUUUAUAUUUAGUUUGUCAUGCUUUGUUGUGUUAUGUUUGGCUAGGCUUAUAUUUAGUUUGUCAUGCUUUGUUGUGUUAUGUUUGGCUAGGCUUAUAUUUA